CGCACAGCUGUGACGUCAGCGGGUGUUUGCGGAAGUGCUCGGUGAAAGUAGAAGUGGAAGCGAGAAGGUAGACAUGGCGGGGGAGCAGCACCAGCAGCGCUGGCAGGGAGCCGGGGCCGCCCGGGAUAUCGACCCCAUGGACAGGUUCAUGUGCCCCAUCUGUCUGGAGGUCCUGGAGACCCCAAUCCGGGUGAAAUGCGGCCAUAUAUUUUGCUCCACCUGUCUGCACCAAUGCAUGAAACAGAAGAACCCUUUGUGUGGCGUUUGCCGCUGCCCAUUAAUCCCUGGCCGGAAGGAGGCGGAACUGGAGAGACAGAUGGAGACCACUGAAAGUUCGUGUAAAGGUUGUAGUAGGAAGAUGUUCAUUUCACAGUUGCGUGCGCAUGCAACCACGUGUUCGAAAUACGAGAAUUAUGUCAUGGAAGGAAUUAAAUCUGUGACUAAGGAACAGCCUCCUAAUGCCAAGAAUGUCCCAAACAGAUUCACCUUUGUAUGUCCAUACUGCAAAGAGCACAACCUUGACCAGGACGGUCUUGUAGACCAUUGUAGAAAGUAUCACUUCUCAGACCCAACACCGGUGGUGUGCCCCAUCUGUGCCUCUAUGCCAUGGGGAGAUCCAAAUUACAGGAGCGCUAAUUUCAUGGAGCACGUUCAUCGCCGACACCGUUUCUCGUACGACACAUUUGUGGAUUACAACACUGACGAGGAAAGUAUGAUGCACGACGCAUUGGUACGUUCCCUGAUGGAUAAUUGAAGAGACAGACCGCGCAGACGUCUACAUCUGGGUUGAAGUAUCCUCCUCACAGCCUAUGUGAAUUCUUUCUGUAGCAAGAUUAGAAUCUUUUUGGCAAUAGACUAUCGAAGAACCUCAACUCAACUGUAUUUUAUUAUAGGCCUUGAAAGCAGGUGCUCCUCCAUAUAAUCGGUGAAUGUAUCGGGGUAGUAAUGUCUGUGUGUGUGUGAAAUUCUCAGUCUAGUUUCUAUUGCUGUUUUUCCAUUUUUAUUUCUUUUCUAGUUUGAUUUACUUCAUUAUUAUUUUUUUAUUUUUUUUUUAACAGGCUAACCUUUCACAUAGUUUAAAAUAAAGAGGCCGGGUAAUCUUAAUUCGCCAAAAAUAGGUCAGUCCAAAUUCCCAACUUUUAAUUAUUCUGUUGUUAUUGUAAUCACGGAAGAGGAGAGUGGAUGUCGUUUACAUUCAUCCAAUAUUCAUUUUUGUUGUUGAUCAUGUGUGACCCAACUUGUGGAUUACCCCAUAAAGACUCUGAGUCUGUAUACUUGUUCCUGACUUUAAACAAAAGCAUUGAACUUUCUUAGUAAUGAUAAGACUGCCGCAGAUAUAGAAGAAAUGUCACCAAAAUGUAAUGUGAUGAGUGAGGCUGUUCUUUGUUAACACAAGCUCAGAUUAAAAUAUUAUUAAGCAGGAGCCAAGGUACACACAGUGACAUUUCAUGAAUGUUAAGUGAUAAAUAUACGUGUCAUUUAAGGAACAUUGGAUCUUGUUGACUGUUUGUGUUUAUAAAAUGUCUAGCAACUCCUCUCAUCGUUUGGUUUUGUCUUCCUUGAUUAAACUACCUUCAGUGCACCUCUUCCCAGCGGACUUGCAGAGCAGGAACAAAACUCCUGAACUCUCGAGAGUUGGAUUACAUUUUGAAAUGGAUGCUUUCAUGUAAUCGUUGUAAUCCGAUAUGAUGCUGUUGAAAUAUGCAGCCAAUUCAUAGAUAAAUAGAUGUGGAUCUAUUUUAUUUUUUUUUCCUCUCCCAAGAUGACUGUUGCAGAGGGUGUUAUGGCUGCGCAGGCAGGUGCCCCCCCA